UUUCUUUCGAAAAGAUUUCUGGAUUCUUGAAGCUACCUCUACUACUAUUGCUCUGUUUAAGCGAUCUCCUCAACUGUACUACCAUACGGAAAACACUUUUUCUCGCCAAAAAAGAUAGGGUCGAGAAUCUAACUCAUACACAAGUGAAGCGAACGUAGAGCUCGCAAUUUCAGAGGAUCUUGACAGAUUCUGAAAGUCUCAUAUCAUACUCGGUUUUUAUUGGGUGUGUGUAAUUAUCUGCCGAGUUCUGUCUUUUGAUUGAAAGAAGGUUGUGGUGGUGAUUGUGAUCGAGUUGCAGUAUAAAGUUGGCCAGGAUGGGUACAUUUGAUCAAGCUUCUAAUGCAACUUUUAGGCCAUUGGAUUCUGUAAGGAAGAGGAAAAGACGGGAAGGCACUAACUCUGUUGCAGAGACCCUUCAGAAGUGGAAAGAGUACAACAAGUAUCUUGAUACUUGUACUCCUAAUGGAGAUGGUAAACCAGUCCGCAAAGCUCCUGCUAAAGGCUCAAGGAAGGGAUGUAUGAAGGGGAAAGGAGGACCAGAGAACUCACGGUGUAAUUAUAGAGGCGUUAGACAAAGGACAUGGGGUAAGUGGGUUGCAGAGAUUAGGGAACCAAACAGAGGACCAAGGCUUUGGCUUGGCACUUUUCCAACUGCAUAUGAAGCUGCUCUUGCAUAUGAUGAGGCUGCACGGGCCAUGCAUGGUGCACUUGCCCGGGUGAAUUUUCCUGAAUCAUCAAAUUCAACAAUCUCAUCGAAGGAUUCUCACUCGGCUGCGAGCUAUUCUUCUGUAGCAACUCCUGCAGGGUCAGACUCUACUACUACAUCAAAUCAUUCUGAAGUUUGUGCAGAUGAAGACAGCAAGGAGCACAUUGUAAAAUUUGGGGAUGAUAAAGGUGAAUCAAAAAUAAAACCAGUUACUGAACCUGCCUCACCAUGUAGUACGCUGAAACAAGAAGUGAAAAAAGAGCUGGAAGAUGUUUCUGGGAGCGACUGCGGUGGGAUUCCUGAGAAUGAAGUCCCAGAUAAAACUGUGCUUCAACAAUACAAUACCUGUGUGCAAAAACAGAAAGAAAGUUGUGAUCUCCAACAUCACAAGGACGAGCCUUUAGAUGUGAAGGAUUACGGCUGGGAUAAUGGAUGUGAGGGGCAGGAUUACUGGAAAAAUUUCACCAUCGACGAAAUGUUUAGCGUUGAUGAGCUGCUAGGUGCCAUAGACAGCAACCCACUCGGUCUGGACUUUGAUGGUGGUGAACUAUUCGCUGAUGAUGGUCAUGUACAGCAGGAACCUCCUCUUGAUUUAUCAUUCCAGUUGCAAAGCCCAGAUGAUAGGUUCAUUGGGGGUCGUGAGCGUGUAGAGCAGGUGCCUUCAGUGGGUGAUUACAACUUUGAUUUCUUGAAACCUGGCAGGCAGGAAGACGAGAAUGUUCCAUUGGACGAUCAAGGAUGCUUCAGUUUGGAAUUGUCGAACUCAGGUUUUUAGGGGAACAAGGAAGACGACAUCGCGCAGACUGAAAAUGAUACUGUUUAUCUUGUUGAAAUGAACGAGUUCAAUAAGAAUACUUGUUCUGUUCUUGUUCAGAUGGAGGGAGGAGGGUUAGGGUGUAGGUUCCUGCUAUAUGUAUAUGUGUUUUCUAGUUUACUGAAUUUGUUCUUUUAGAGCUAACCAACAGAAUGAGCCGAUUCUCUAGAGGUUUUUAGAUCAGAGUAAUUGGCCAUGAAAUUUCUUGUUUUUUGCAAACAUACUUCUAUAGUCGGAGGGCUAGUCAUUGUUAUACUUUUGGGAAGCUUUUGUGAGAUUUUGGGAAUCUUGUUUGUUAGACAAGAGUACUCGGGAUAGAAGUUUUUGUUCAAUUCGGAUCUAUUUUCUCUUCUGGGUAUUCUAUGUAUGAACAUAGACGCAUUUGUAAUAAUGUACUGAACCAGUUGAGCGUGUACCUGUAAUUCUUUUAUUUUUUAUUCUUUAAUUUUCUUGA